AUGGAGGCAAGUGUCCGUUAUUAUACACCUCUCAUCUUGCAUGGAGGAAACACCAUGAUUUUCAUCCUAGUUGUCAUGCAACUUUCUCCCUGGUUUUUCACCUUUGCAGUAUACUGUACACUGCCCCUGUCUCCUCUCUUGUCAAUAAAUCUUGCUUCAUCACCUUCCUCAUUUGUGACAAAACCUAACAAGUUACUAGUGUUUUCUCAGAAAGAGAUCAUGCCGUGCGCCGCCGAGCUUGUCAACGGUGAGGGGGGCGCCAUCAAAGUGGGCACAACCGGCACCAUCGGCUCGCUCAUGACGAGAGAACUGGAGGCCAUCAAAGUCACGCCGCAAGGAGCUGCCACCCCGCGCCUGAGACGCCAAAGCAGUCCGGUUUCGGUGCCCUGCGGCGCUAGCCCCCGGAAGAUCAUCCCAAGGAAGAGCUCGUCCAGUGUCUCCAGCAGCAGCAAUGGCAGAGCUGACCGUGUGAGCGCUGAAGAAGCCUGCAAGACAAGGAGGAGCUCUCAGCGGAACAAGUCCAGCUCCCCAAUGCUGCACUCGGACGGUGUGCUGGUUGACAGGAGCCCCAACUUCGAGAAGGCCAAGAAGAAAGGAAAUGUGCAUGGCGUCGAGGUGGUGGAUGUCAGGUGCGGUAAUCCGAUGAGCAGCCGCCUCAGGAAGCUGGGUUUCUCCAAGCUGUCGGAGACCUUUGCCUAG